AUGACUUUUAUAAAUCCAAGCUUUUCAGUCAGCAUCUUGCCGGGGAACUCAGUAGGCCCCAAAUUGUCUCAAACAGAAAAAGUAUCAUCUGAAACAGACUAUGGAAAAAAACUGGUACACAGGAUCAGUCCAAUGGAAAGAACUCUCUUACAGGAUGAUCAUCUUGAAACUUGGAGAAAUUUGAGGACAAUUGAAGAAGUGCUUAUGCAGAACAGAUAUGGUCCAACAUUCCAAAAAAGAGUAAAAUAUUACAUGGAUCCCAUUUUGAAAGAAUGUCCUUUUCAGAUCACCCCAGACCCACUAACCACAAGUACUAAAACCAGAGUGAAGCCAGAGGACAAACUUCCAUUCCAGUUACUGGUAUAUCACCUCAUUCAAAUAAUGAAGGGUCACUCAGAAAGAACAGAACAUUCAAAGCUAGAUUUUCUGGAAGAAGAGAUUCUCACUACAUUCAAACAUGUUUCCAAAGAGAAAGAGACAAAUUCACAAAGAAUACUUGUAGAAUUUGUGGGUUUUGUGAUGUCAAAAAUUGGGUGGCAUUUAUUGAUUGAGAAUAUCCAGAAAUCAAAAAUCUUGGAAUAUGGAUUGAAAAACCUACCUCAAAGUGACCAUCUGUCAGGAGAGAUGAAAUUCAAUAGCAAGGAUCAAGUUAGAUAUGGUGCAUAUUAUAGAGAUUAUAUGCAUAUCUUUGAAGUCUUUGAACUAUUAGUAUUUGAUGGUUUGCAAAACAAGAAGAUGAUAUCUGGUCUUGCAAAAAUCCAGGGCAAAUAUGAUAAAGAAAGCAAAAUUGAGAGACUUCAUUUAGGUGAUUAUCUUGGUAUUCACAGGUACCUCAUUGCUAGGAGACCAUGGGAUGGAAAGAUAUGGUCACCUGCUCCCUUUUUAGGAGAUCCUUUCAAGAAAUAUGGCCAAAAUUCUCACCAACUGAGUGAUAAGAUUCACAAAAUUUGGUUCCAAUUUGGGGAAAGUGAUUACAAAAUCUCAGUUCAGCUUGGUGCUAUCUUGCAGGACGGCUUAGCAGGGGAUUACAAGGUUCAUAAAACCUUGAAGACUUUACAUAGGUCAGAGAUAUUCAAAAAUGUUAGGCACAACAACAAAAAUAACUACAAUUUGGCAAUGAAUCAUAUGUCCAAAGUCAUUGAUCUGAUCUCAAGCAUUUAUAAGGACAAUCAUGCAUCACGCUCAAUUUUGCAUGAGAUUCUUAGCUGCUCCAUUGAUUUGAUCUCAGAGAAACGUGACUACAAUGCAGUUAAAGCAAGUAUCAACAAUGGUGUAAUGUUCUACCUUUUCAUCAGAAGGAUUGGACAUGUUCUCAAACAUGUUGAGGAGAAUCUUUCCGGUGAUUCAUCUCUAGAAUCUAAACCAACCAAUUCACAAUUCAUGGGAUACCAUUGGGCACUGGCCAGGUUUAGGUCAAAGCAACGCAGUAAAGCUCAGUCAACUCGAUGGAAAUGGUUGAGUUUUGAUCUUGGGAAGGCCUAUCAAGAUCAUCUUCUUGCUUCUGCUAAAAUACACUUUCUUCAUGAUCAAAUGGUGCCACAUGCCAAGUCAAAAGAAGGGGAACAAACAAAGUCAACAGAUAUUUCAAAAACAGCUACUGAUUGGGACAAAAGUGAGGCUUUGGAUUUUGAAAACAAAAUUGAAAGACAAUCCAAGUUAUUGCAAAAUGGUUCUCAAAGCCCCAAAUAUUUCUUUCAAGGUCAGGAUGUACUGAAUGAUGGAUAUCACAUUUUGAAAAGAAAAGCUUUUGCUGAACUGGAAGAGCUUCAUUCUACUGGUAAAUUGUAUGAGUGUUUUGGAUUAGGAAAUCAAUCUAGAAGGAAAAAACAAGGGGGCCCAAUCAUAAAUGUCUCAAAGAAAUUGAAGCAAAAGUCAAAGAAGAAUUUUAAGUCAAAGAGACCUUUCCAAAAGAAGAUGAAAUUGUUGACAAUUGUUUCUAAUCAGGAUAAAAUGAAGUCCAAUGGAUCAUCAAACAAGCCAAUGGCCAGAACUUCUGAUAGGUUUUUGAAAGACAAGCAGGGAUUGGGUGCUUCUGCAAAAAAUUUGAGGACAGGAUUGUCCAAAUACAAAGACAUUAACAAAUUCUUCACUCAUGAUAAAGAAUCUUUGCAAGAAAUCAAAGAUGCUACUUUUGCAUCACCUCCAAUUUCAGAGGAUGAUGCAACCUUCCAAGAAUCCUCUGACUAUACUCCCAAGCCCAGCAUGUCUCCCCAAAAAAGGAAGUCAUCAAUGAACACCAAUUCUUAUCACAGCAGCUUCUUUGAUGGAGGAUGGCCAAAGAAAUCAAGGACAAAGACAAUUUAUAUAUAUAGUCCAUCAGAAUUUCAAGAACCAGAUUCUUUUAAACGACUUGACAAGGGACCUAAUUCAGGUUUCCUUAGCAAAAUUUACAUCAGUCUAAACAAUGAAGGAAUGCAUGUCUCCACAGGCUUCAGUGCUACAACAUCAAAUUCAAAUUCCUUCAAAGCUGCUGCACAUACAACCAAUAAAUCCCCUGUCCAGACACCAAAAGACCCAAUCAUUGAAAAAGCUCAUCUGUUUGACCUAAACAAAGCUCCAGAGUUGUCUGUAGCUGAACAAGGUUCUACUAAGCAAGCACAUUCAGAUACCUCCAUAAUAAAUUUAGACGGUGUAGAUAGUCUUUGGAAUAAGUCACUUCCUGAUCUAAAUCAUCCCAUAGAGAUGACAGAUUGUGAUUGA